AUGUUGUCGAGGGCAUUUGGUGGUUACAAGAGCAGUUUCUCGGCAGAUCUCUCCGUGCAGGCCUUACACCGCGCGUUUGGUACCCUUUUGCAGUUCGAUAGGAAUCAUCAGGCUCACCAGCUACAUGGUCAUCCAGUCUCACCUGAUGGUUUUCCCCAAGAGCAUAGCAGGGGCGUUCCGUCAGCCUGUAUGUUUGAACCAACUGGUACUGUUUGUGGAAGCUUUGAUCAAAAGUUGGCCACACUGAGGAGCAUUGGGGAUUGUGUCAGUGAAUAUGAGCUCAGUGUGCUGUUGAAGAAGAUACCUGUCCCUGUUUGUUAUGUUUGGUGUGAUCCCUCCCCCUGGAUGCAUAUAACCCAGGGGAUCUCAAUGACAAGUAAUGUUAAUAAGAUGGUUAAAGCUGGUUUCGAAGUUAAACUAUUGAUGGCAGAUUGGUUUGCUCGAAUGGACCCUCAGAUCACGAUGAAGGUUGGUAGUGAUCUAAGUAAUAUUCAGACUAUUGGCCGGUAUAAUAUUGAGGUUUGGAAAGCAAUUGGCAUGAACCUUGGUGGGGUUGAGGUCGUGCAGUUGUCGGAUAAAAUAAGUUGCAAAACAGAUGAAUACUGGUCACUUGCAAUGGAUAUUGCAAGAAAAAGCGAUCUGAGCAGAAUAAAGAGUUGGCUUCGUGUUUAUGCAUCAAAAGAUCCAAGGCGUUGUCAAGGAAGUAUUGAUCCUUAUAUGUCCAGAGAAUUUUCAGCUGCUGAAAUAGCUAAUCCUUGCUUGCAGAGCGCUGGUAUAUUAUUGCAGAAGGCGGACGUUUGGCUUUUGAACUUGGAUCAGCAUGGGGGGCACAUAUUAGCUAGGCAGUACUGCAAGCACAUCGAGAGGGAAACUAUACCAAUUGCUUUCUUUAACAAUGUGCUACCAAAUUUGUUAGAGCAUCCUGGAUUUGGGGGUUGUAACGAUACAAGAUGGACCAUCUUCAUGGAAGACUGUGAGGAAGAAGUCUGUUCAAAAAUAGAGGAUGCUUUCUGCCCUCUUAAAAAUGCAAAAUGUAAUCCGUGUUUGGAGUACAUAAAGUAUAUUAUCUUACCUUGGUUUGGAAAAUUUGAGGUGCUGCAGACUGUAGAGAACAGUGGUAUAAAGUAA